AUGUUCAAUGAGAAAACGAACGGCAGUGUUGAGACCUCGCUUAGCAGCACAACAAAGGGCCGUUUCCACAAUGCCCUCCGCCGUGUCAGAAUCAUCAGUAUCCACGUCGAACCCCAGUUCAAGCAGGUAUUGGAGUAUAUCCACCCGGUCAUCUUUCGGCCGCCAGCAAAAAUGGAGAGUUUGCCCUCCGUUCUAUGA